AUGAAUAUGCUCUUUCUGUUUGUUUUCUUUUGCAGGUCCUAUGAGGAAUGGAUUGGCUAUACUGUGUCAGCUGAUCGUGAGAUAGUCAAGGUUUUUCAAGAAGUGUUCUUCUCCUCGUCUGGGAUUGACUGUGCAAUGUCUUUAGCGAACUUCUUAAUCGGGAUGAUGUUCCAUGGGCUGGUUUCUUUUGGCGCUUUAUCUGAUCAAUUUGGCAGGGUUGUUUCUCUGAUGGUAUAUGAAGGUCAGCUUCUCUUGAGGCCAACUCCAACCAGAUGUUGCUGA